GGAUCAACUUGUAAAUUAUAAAUUAAUCUAUGCAGUUGUAAGGUUAUUGUAGGCUGAUUAUCUACGGAUCUCAAGGAUCCUGGCUAACCGUCGUCACGUGUAACAUAAUAUGUAGCCCAGAACUAUGCUCCGUGUUUAUACUCAUGAAUCAACAUCCUAAAUAAAAUCAAAGAGUAUUUUAAGGGCAUAACAUUAAUAAGUCCAUCUACAUUACUAGAUGUAGAUUUGUUUUCGUUUUGGAUUUAAAAUUGCAUUCAAUCAGGGUGCUUUGAUAUCGAGGUGAUUCUUCGAUAUAUUGUGUUUAAGGUAUCGCAAAAUGGCUGCUGAUCAUAAUUACGACUAUCUAUUCAAAAUUGUCCUCAUUGGUGACUCCAAUGUUGGCAAAUCAAAUCUAUUAGACCGUUUUGUCAAGGGGACUUUCAAGCUCGACUCAAAAAGCACCAUUGGAGUAGAAUUCGCGACAAAAAAUGUGCAGUUAAGGAAUGGAAAAAUUGCCAAGGCACAAAUCUGGGACACUGCUGGUCAAGAAAGAUACAGAGCAAUCACGUCAGCCUACUAUAGAGGAGCUAGAGGGGCUAUUGUUGUCUAUGAUAUUGCGUCCAGGCAGUCCUUUCAAAGCGUUUCACGUUGGCUGACUGAACUCAACGAAUACGGCGAUGCCAACAUGGUAAUUGUAUUGGCAGGUAACAAAAGUGACCUUGUAAACUUGAGAGAAGUUAGCACUGAAGAUGCCGAGAGAUUUGCAAAAGCCAAUAAUCUUCUCUUUUUCGAAACAUCAUGUCUCAAUAGUGACAAUGUAGAAACUGCAUUCACAGAACUUUUAAGCGCAAUUGGCGACAAUCACGAAAAACUUGGAGAUUCUGCUGUAGACAGCUCUACAGUUCCUAGACCUGUCGUAUCAUUGUGUAACUCCAAACGUAUAAAAAAAAAGAAGUGUUGCAGAAAUUACAUGUACAUAUUGAGUUUUAAUUUCAAUCUGUAG